CGCAAAGACCUUUUUUUUUCAAAAAACAAAACACCAAAUGGGUUUAAAGUGAAACUAUCCGGCCCAACUCCAACCUGUCAAUCGUACACAUCCCUCCUCAAAGUUCAGGAGUGCACGGUACUCUAAGGACUGCCAUAAGAUAGCUUGAGGGAAAGUAAAUUGGGAGAUGAUCUACUGGGAGCAGUAAACAAGGAGAUGGUACCGUUAUAUGAACAAAGUGGCUCCCAGUUUGAGAAAGCGCCACUGCUAGACUGCUCCAAGCCCGAUCUGGUUAAUCCAGCCGCACCUUCUCAGUGCACAUUCAAGCUAGAAGAAAAAAGGGCGUGGAGUUUGUGGCUGUGUGCAAAGAUGCGCUCGCUGAUCGUUUUACACCAUGCACUGUGAAAAAAGAAAGCCUUAACACAUUUCAACAAAACUGUGCCGAAACUGCCAGCUCCCCAGUCUGAGGGCAGGUAAUGAAACCCCCGCCGCUUCUACACUUCAUUUACAUGAAACCGCCGCACGUAUGAGCCGAGCGGAAAAAAAAGGAAAUGUAAAAUGUACAGGCUUCACACAACUCACUCGGCUUUACUCCAAACAGAACCACAAGCCCCCGUUAUUGGUCCGACUUCAUUUCACAGCAAUUGCAACCUUCAGCUUGGGGCUGGUGUUUGAUCAUUGUCUCGGGGAGAGAGGAUCGGUACAUGAAUUUAUUCACCAACCUGAAACAGUAACUCUGUUCGCUCUCCAGUGAUGCUUUCCAACAUGUUUGCAUUCUACUUCAAAGAAUUCUAGCUUCAGUGGGACCCCUGGCAGAAAAGCCAAGUGGAGACUUGAACAAAAGAACUCUCUUAUCUCAACCAUCAGCUAACUGCAUGUGUGAGUGGGUCAGAGGAAAUGCUUGUAGAUGUCACCCCAACAGCACAGUACUCACUGCAUAAAGCAGAAGUGAGUAUCACCAGCCACUGAGAACAUUACAAGGGAGAAAACAGAGAGCGAUCACCUGAAAUGUCGCAAAGAGGUUACCAAGGAGGAAAAUGGGGAUGAUAAAAGCACCAUUAAGCAACUGGGGGUACACUGAAGGAUAUUCUUAGACACCCACAGCAAGCCAAUGGCAAGGACUCAUUAAGCUGUGUAUGAUCAUUUUCCUUCUGGGUUUUCAGCCCUGACACAUGAAUCAUGUCUACAACCUGAAGGUGGCAUUGGAUCAAUGUUUAAUCCACAAAUCAAGUUUAAUGGUUAAGAAAGGCCAAGCGAGUUGAAGAAUUGACACUGCUGUACUCAAAAAUCUGUGAAAUAACUUAUUCUUAAGAAUUUCGUCCAUUGAUUACCUUUUUUUUCAAUCCCAGGAACCAUUUUUUUCUGAUUUUAUCCUCCAGUUCAUCCAUACUCACCUAGGUUUACUCUUGAUUAAAAGGUAAUUGGAAAAUGUCAAACGAUUCAUCACAUUGCAAUGAUGACCGAAAUGCAACUAAUUUCCUGUAUGCUAUCAUGUAUGCUAUAAUAUUUAUCCCGGGCUUAAUAGCAAAUGUUCUGGCUCUAUGGGUGUUCCAUGCUUAUGUCAGGGAGACAAAGAGGGCAGUGAUAUUCAUGAUUAACUUAGCCAUUGCUGACCUGGCACAGGUUUUGUCUUUACCGCUCCGAAUUUUCUACUAUCUGCACCAUGCCUGGCCUUUUGGCAGCUUUCUGUGCAUGUUUUGUUUCUACCUUAAGUAUGUGAACAUGUACGCGAGUAUCUUCUUCCUGGUCUGCAUCAGUGUCCGACGGUGCCUCUUUCUGAUCUACCCCUUCAAGUACAACAACAGUAAACGCCGGUACGACGUCUAUGUGAGUAUCAUAGGGUGGCUGCUGGUGGGCGCCGCUUGCCUGCCAUUCCCACUCAUGAGGCUCGAUACAAGAAACAAUUCCAGCCAUUUCAACAACUGCUUUGCGGACCUUCCGAUAAUCGAAAUUGGUGUCCCUACCUCUGUUAUCAUGGUAACUCUGGCUGAACUCGCAGGAUUUGUGCUACCUCUCAUCAUUACGAUGAUCUGCUCUUGGAAAACCAUCAUGUCCCUGAGAGAGAAAAACCCCGUCUUGCAAGACAGUGGGGAAAAGAAGAAAGCCUUAAAGAUGGUGCUAACCUGCAGCAUGGUCUUCCUAGUUUGCUUUGCGCCAUAUCAUGUUACCUUCCCCUUGCAUUUUUUGGCUAUAGCUGGACGCAUUGAAGAUUGCUCCAUCAAGAAAAUCAUACUGACCUUCCACCCAGUUGCACUGUGUCUAGCCAGCUUGAACUGCUGCUUGGACCCGGUCAUAUACUAUUUCACAACUGAUGAAUUCAGGAGAAGACUGUCACGCCAAGAGAUCAGUGAAAACGGUAUUCAGCUCAACUCCAAGGAAUAUAAUUGAAGACUUUUUGCAAUGGAAGAAAUUUUGAAGCUUCAGCUUCUUUGCAAAAUUGAAAAUAAGCAACAUGGAAAGGACAUCAAAUGAGAAUCUGUGUCUGCCUCUGCAACCACGGUGUAAAUCUUAUUUUUCACUGUUAUUUAGCCUAUUUAUAUAAAGUACUUGUAUAUGUUGUAUUUUUUCUACAGAAAUGUGAAUCUUUACAAUGGUGAAGAGUUUUAAAAGGCUUGACUCGAGUGUUCUAUUUUUGAGAAUUUUUGCAGAGAAAAGCCAAGUGGACUCAAAGGGUGGGAAGUCACAUGCAACGAUUCCUCCGUUGCCCGGUGAUGUGCCUUAAAUAGAUUUGCAGAGUGACGUUUCAGUUCCGUAGUGACAUUUCCACUUCCUACUUCAGUCAUGAUGGUCUCUAUAAGUGAGUCUGCCCUAUUAAUGUCAGACUAUAGGAGAAGCACAUGUUGGCUGGUUUGAAAUUUGGCAUUAAUUUGACUGCGGACCAAAGUGGGCUGGCUAAAAAGUCAUUCAAAACAAGUAUAUAUUUCAGCCAGUUUUUGAUCCCAGAUAACUCAAAUAAAAUGACUUAGUUUUUUUAAAAA